UAUCUUUUCAGGUAAUGUUUCCACCAAGCACAAAAAAGGGUUUUCUAGACCCAAGGCAGUCCUGACACUCGGCUGGAGCAGCCUGUACCAGCUGCUGUGAGGUGACAUGGGACUACGAUGACCCCGCCACUUCUUCAGGCUCUCAGUCCCCAAUAAAGCCUCAGAAUAGCUCCUAAAAAUAGGAGGUAUCCUCAUCCCCUUUUCUGUAGCAAAACAACCUAUAAAUAUCACAAAGAAGAUGUUGACCCUGUUACUAACAAUUCCCUACCCCCGUUCAAAAGAGCCACAGAGAAGAGGAGAGUCCAGCACUCGGUGCACAAGGGGUGACUUGUUUGCUUUGGCGAGGAGGCGGCUGAGGGCAAAUCUAAGGGCAGUUAUUAACACGACAGAGCCAACACAGCUGGGGAGGGACCAAAGGGUCAGUGGGAGGGACAGAGUGAACGCAGGAGAAUCUUCUCGCCAAGGUAGUGAGACAGCACGACCAUCGGUCAUCCCUAGGGAAGAAGGGGACUUUUCAUCCCUGGAGUUUUCAGACGUGGCUGAUGUAACCUGUUGUCCGUGGGUCCCGCUCCGGUGGGGCCUUUGGGUUGGAGACCUCCAGAGGUCGCUUCCAGCCAACAAUUCCAUAGCUCCGUAACCUCCACGUUAAAUACUCGGCAUUAAAGGGUGAAACUGCAGCAGCUCCUUUGCCCCUGUCCUUCUGUACUUUCCCUGGAGCAGGGCAGAGCGCCCAGGCCCGCACCACUGCCCGGUCCCAGCACCUCCGUGCGGGCACUCGGGGCUCCCCCGGCUAUCCCGACCCUCCUUCCUUCCCUGCGCCUCUCCCCGCCGCUCUCCGCCGCCCGGAUCGCCCCGCUCGGCUCAGCACAUGUGGGACCGACACACCGGCGGCAGCCCCACUCACGCCUGACGGAAGGAUGCGCGCCGGGGCCGCGUUUUCGCCGAGAGGAAAAAUCCGGGAUGCGCCGAGGCUCGGCCGUGCCCCGGGAGCUCCUCACAGCCCCGCUCACCCCUCAGCGGGGCCGGGGCGGGGGCGCGGCCCGGCUCGGGGGGCGGUGGCGCCGAGCGCCCGCCCCUCACGGCCGCCCCUCACGGCCGCGCGUCCCGCCCCGGCGGAGACGGGAGCCGAGCCCGCUGCAGACGCAGCCCCGCCGCGCCAUGGCCGGCCGCCGCCUGCUGGGGCUGCUCCUGGCCUUCGCCGCGCUGCUGGCCGCAGGUCAUGGGGAUGACACAGAUGACUUCAACCUAGAGGAUGCCCUGCUUGACCCCGUCACCAGGCGACCCACUCCCAAGGGCCCCAGAAGGCCGGCAGCUGGGCCAGGCUUCGAUUUGGCUGAUUACUUUGACACGCCUGUGGAGACGACCACCAAAGCAGCCAAGCCAACCCCCAGGCCCUUCCCCAGGCCAGGGAAGCCAGACAGUGGCUUUUGGGAUGUCAUUCGCACCACCACGACCAAGCAGCCAAAAACUACAAGAGCCCCUCCUAAGCGUAACCCAGAAAAGGAUCCUAUGGAUUUUGACUUGUCUGAUGCCCUUGAUGAUAAGAACGAUAGGAAGGAUCCUGGGAGGCCGGACGUAAGGCCGGGUGAAGGAUUUUCAGACGAUGACCUGGCCAGCAUUGUGGAUGGUGGCUACAGCCCAGACAAGAAGAAGGGUGCCAGCGGCAACACCGACAACGACUACAGCGGAGUGGCAGAGACGGGGACGAUCGCGGGCAUUGCCAGCGGCCUGGCCAUGGCGCUCAUCGGGGCAGUCUCCAGCUACAUCUCCUACCAGCAGAAGAAGUUCUGCUUCAGCAUCCAGCAGGGCCUGAACGCGGAGUACGUGAAAGGAGAAAACAUGGAAGCGGUUGUGAGCGAGGAACCCCAGGUGAAAUAUUCAGUCCUGGAAACGCAGUCAGCAGAGCCACCAAAACAAGACAGUGCGAAGAUAUAAAGCGUGACCCAGGGCUAGAAAAUAAUCAUCAGCAGCAGAGAUCUUACGUGCUUGUAAUUUAGCUUUUAAUUUAAUUUGACUCCAAAGCUAUUUAAUGUGUAUUUAGGCUUGAACUGGCUUUUUAUUGCUCUAGGCUUUAGGGUUAGGCUGGUAGCAUGCGUUUAUUUUUUGUGAAGAGGUUUAUGUUUACAUGCUAGUGUAGGAUUGGUGUGCAGUUGUGUGGAAAUGCACAGGAGGUGCUUCAGCUGUGGUCAGUUCCCCAGAGCUCACGGGUGUGAGGACAGUGAAGUGCCUGUAAAUAGCAAUCCAAAGCCAAACCCUGCCAAGCCUCCAGCCACCCUCUGCCACGGGCAGUGUCACUCCCAGUGGCAAAGCUGCACAUUUCCUGAGGGUGCCCUGCUGUCCUGCCUGUAGCUGAAAACAAAGUGCCUGUGGUGAGUCCUUGGGCUGAGCCAGGUGAUUCCCUGCUCCCAAGCCAGGAGCUGAGGAUGCUUCACCACCAGCACCACCCAGGGCUUCUAACCAAAGGUCCUGAUCUCACACCGAGUCACAAAUGCAGUUCACAGCUGUGUGUGCAGUGUCCACUCUUAGCUAAUGCCAUCUGAGUGCUCCACUGUGCUGCAGAUCAGACUGGAACCUUGUCUUAAGCUGUGCCAGGGGAAGUUUAGGUUAGACAUCAGGAAAAAAUUAAAAAAUUCUUCACUGAAAGAAAGGAUUGGGCAGUGGAAUUGUUUGCCCAGGGAGGUGGUGGAGUCACCAUCCCUGGACGUGUUUUAAAAAGGUUGGAUGUGGCACUCAGUGCCAUGGUUGAGUUGGUGAGGAGGUGUUAGGUCAUAGGUUGGACUUGAUGAUCUUAAAGGUCAUUUCCAACCUGGUUAAUUCUGUGACUCUGUGAUUCUGAGAUACCUGUGUUGUCACCACAGUUAAAGCUGUGUGCACAUGGAAGCUUUCAAGGACAGCUUCAGAUCUCAGCCACACUAGAACAAGUGACAGAUCUAACCCAAAAGAAAAUAAAGCAGGUAUCUGUUAGGACCUUUAAUUCUCAGAACCACAGCAGAAGUCAAGCUUAACAAGAUGCACUCCCCUCCUUCUUUUAUCAGCAAUAUCAGGAGUGCUCCCAGGCACCCAGAGGCAGAAAAAAGAUUUCAGCUUCACUCUUUGUGUCACUGGCUAAGCUUCAAAAAACCUCCUGAGAGGACGAAUCCUCCGUCACUGUCCUGCAUGGGGCUCCUGCAGCUGCCUGGGCAGCCCAGGGCUGUGGGUGGUGCUCUGCAGGACUGGGCAGCACCAGGACACUGCACACACAGCCCCUGCCACGCUGCCAAACCAAUGCCUACACCCCACCUUCACUGUCUGGCAAGAAUUUCUGUUUGGAUUUCUAACCCCUCCCCAGCAACCUUUUUGACUGCUGCUGAAAUGUGGAUAACUGCCACUUUCCAAUACAUUUUUCCAAAUCGAUGAUUGCUUAAAAAGCAUGCUCUCAAGUGAAGGAAAUGUCACUUUACGUGGUGUAAGAGGUACUCACUGUUUAUACACAAACCUGAAAUGUAAGCAUUUCGUACGGGUUUGCAAAUUCCAUAUUUUAUGAAGUGUGUUAAGAAAACCAAACCUUUCAGUGUGAUGUACAAAUUCACAGCUUUCAGGUAGACAGGACUUCCAGAAGGCCCUGCCAGGAGGUGAAUGAGCCCAGGAGCAUCGCUGCCUAACAGCUCCACUUGGAAGGAAAUUGCCUUGUAACUUGGUUAAGUAUUUUGCAAUAGCUGCACAAUUCUUUAUGCUCUUUUUAACAGUUGCACUUUUAAAGCCUUAUACUAGCUCUGGCAGAACAGCUACAGUGGUUUAUAAGGUGCCUCACAACUAUUCAGAACACUUAGGCUACACCAAUACUACUCUGAACUACUGCUGCUUUGUUUUUAUGAAUGUGUUUGGAAUAGGAAAGCAAUGUUAGUUCUUGGCUCAGAUAAUGGAGGCAUGGGAAGGAGAUGGGAUGCAGUUUGUUCAGUCCCACAGAAGGGUUUUCAGGGUUUUCAUGAAAUGUGCUCUGCAGAAUUUGCAACAGGAGCUCAGGUGCCGGCUAAGCCACACAGCUGAGUUUGUGUAGCUGCAGUCCCAAGCACCAGCACUUGUUUGUUCUUACCCAAACACAUUUGACAGCUGUAGCAUGGAAUGUGUUUUGUGUAAGUGACAGCAGGGCAUCGAUGAUCACCAGGAGCUUUUUCCCACCUUAGAUCUGGUGCCCACAAUUCCUCCUCUCCCUUUGCCAGCGGCCACCUUCCUGCAGGUGCAGAUCAGUUUUACCCUCCCUGUGUCACUGUGGGUUAAAGAGUGCAGCACCCACCUCCCCUGGGAACUCACACUGGGGCACAGAGGGAGCACAAAUCUAAUUCAGAACACUGCAGGUCACAGAUUUAACAAAGAAAGGCAGCAAGUGCUUCACUGGAAAAGCCAGCCCAGGUUUUGGGACUUGGGAGGUGCUGCUUUGCCCAAGGCUGUUCUAUAACACUGGUGACACCUUAGUGAAAUGUGUAAGUGGAAAUCCAUAAAUGCACAGGGAAAGAGAAUACUUCCAAAAUGAGCAACAACAGAAUUCAAGAUUUCUUUCUCUAGGAUUUCAAACAGGAAAAUACUCGCAAAUCCUGCAGUAGAGAAAUUAGGCUUGGCCUUCUCUUUAAACUGAACUAAAGUCAGUCUUAGUGGUAAAUGUCAGCAAAGGCUCAAAUGAUUUUUUAUUGCUGUUUGUCCCCUCUUCCAUCUGAACUGCCACCAGUCUCUGAGAAACAGGGAGUUUAAACAUCUGUAUUUUAAGCAUUAUAGCAACUGAGAGGUUUCCUGUGAAUUUUCCUAGACGUGAUCCAACUUCUGACCCAGCACUGACCUCUACUUUCAUUUAAUUACUGUUUAUUCACCUAAAUUGGGAUAUGGAUUUUUAAAAAAUCCUACAUUUAAGCUCUGUAUACAUGGCAUGAACUUUCUUGUCCUUUAUAAAAAAAAGGCAAUAAACCACUAGAAAAUUGGUUUGCUUUUUUUUUUUGAGUCCUAAACCUACAUAUACAGACGUCCUGAGAGUUUUUGUACUGUGCAUGCUGUGAGCUUUUUCUUAUGACACCUCACUUCCAAAGCGAUUUUAAAUGGCAAUAAAACGAUUCAGAAAAGCUUUGUCAAAGGUUUGACAGAGGAAAGAGAGAAUUGAAAGAAUUCAGCUGCCUCUUUUUGUGUUUAUUCUUUUAAUUACUUCCAUUUUCCUUUGGCAGUACUUCCUUUCAGAUUCCUCAGCUGAGAAUGCUCUGACACGAAUUUCAGAUCUUUCUGGCACUCUAAACUCAGUAAUUUUCAUGCAACCCCAAUAACGAACCCUUACAAGUGCUCCACUGUCAGCCUGAACUACUCACUUGUUGUGAUAAAAGUGGAAUUAGUCCAUGGUACUGAUUGAGAUUGUAAAAAAGAAGGGUGAGUCGGCAGCUGGGGCUGUAAAAAUUGCUUCUCCAGCAGAUGAGGCUGAGGAACAAAUGAAGUUCGGGGUUGUGAAAUUAGAGAACCUUUCUUGGAGUGAAGUUCUAACUCAGAAGCAAGACAGAUUCUUGCUGCUGAAGUGACCUGUACCAAAUAAAGGCUGAAUGUUACGCUGUAACAAAAUACAUUUUGUUAAAGUGUGUAAUGGUAAGGGGGGUAAAAACCAGAAUUUAACUACCUUUGGAAAACACCAAAUAAACCAAGUUGACUAGAAUGACA